UGGGUGGGCUCGGUUCACAAGAGGUCUCUUUCCCCUCCUCCAUCUCGAGUCGAGGCGGCGACGACCUGCACGCGCGCGCGCGACAGCAGCAGCUCCGCCUCCGCCUGCGCUUCCCCGAUCCGUUGUUGCAGGUGAAUUGUGGUCUAAGCAAAAGAAAAGGGAAGGGUCUUUCUCUGGACUAGGAAUUUUGGACGACAAGAUGCACUACCUUGCAUCAUUUCACAUCCCUACAGGUUUAGUGUUAUCUGAUUUUUCGGGAUGGAUGCCAAGAAGUUCCUGCAGCUGGUCGAAGAGAAGAAAAAGAGGAUCCUCGAGAAGAAAGAAGCACCACUGAAAUGGGAGCAGAAACUGGAAGCAGCAGCUAAAGCAAAGGCUGAUGCAGAAGCCAAGGCGAAGAAAGUUAAGUCAAGAAAGCACAGGAAGAGAGGGGAUUCUUCCUCAGACUCCGAUAGUGACUCUGACAGUGAUGUUGAUCGGAAACACAGGAAGAGGAAGGACCACAAAAGGAACAGGAAACAUGGUCAUUCAGACUCUGACGAUGCCAGGAGACGCAAGCGGAGGUCGAAAAGGAGGAGCUCAGACUCAAGUGAUGAGGGCAACAGUGAAUGUGAGAGUGGUUCUGAAGAUGAACGUAGAAGGAAGAAGCACUCACACAGAAGAAGACACCAUAGACAUUCAUCAAGGUCAGAUUCUGAAGACUAUAGCAGUGAUGAGGAAGAGCGGAGAUCGACCAAGAAGGACCACUCUAGGAGCCGGAGACGCCGUCAUCGAUCAUCAGAUGAUGACUCUGACUCCGAGGGCAAGGUCAGGUCGAGACACAGGAAGCGUCUGAGAUCUAGUGACGAAGACGCACCAUCAGAUUCCAAUAACCAUAAGCAUCACAAGAGCCGCUCCUUGGAGGAGUCAUCUGAUGAAAGAGCUGCGGAUGAAUCAGAGAAGAUGAGAAAUGGCAAAAGGUCUCACAAGAAUAGCCACCACCAUCACUGUCACCAUCGGCACCACCAUCAUGAACGCAGUAGUAGUUCUGCAGAACCUAACGACGACCAGAAAGCCCUUGAAGGUGACAGCGCAGACUGAAGUGCCUCCAGAGGGGAAGAUUUAAUUCUCAUUCGUGAUGUUGCCUCUCUGGUUAACUGCGUGGAAUCUGAACUUUGUUGUACUGAUAACAUUUGUCUGAUUUGGUGAUUAAACCUUAGAAGAUACUUUAAUCAUUUAAUUUUACGAGCUGUGCUGGCUUUGAUAAUUUGGUGAUACUAGAAGUUAAUAAUGAAUGCACGGUUAUCAUUUA